UAUAGUUCUUACACGCAUCAUGUGAUUGUCUUCAGUAGUCUGAAUCACAGCUGAUUUAGCAUUUGGCACUGACAGUACGCGGCCGAGAGCUGAAGGCAUGGGAUGACUUUCCCGGGAGGCACACCGUUUAGCAAUCACAGCGGGCUUCCCCCGAGUUAUUUAUCCGCGGCGCUCACGCAGAGCCCGCCCGGCUCCCCCGGGAGAGGCAGCGAGCCGCACGCCGGCCCUGCCGGGGCUCCGCGCUGGCACUGCCCACAGCGGCUCUCCCGUCGCCGCGCUCGGCCCUGCCUGCCUCUUCCACUUCCUGCUGCAGAGCCAGUUCUGCCGCUUACCUGGGAGAGGCACGGAGGGUGUCGUAAAAGCAAGGGAAAGCCGCCCGGCCGGCCGAGAAGGAGCCCCGGGCGCGGCGGGGAGCGCGGGAGGCGCGCAGCCCUCUGGCUCUCCUCGGGCAGCCCAGCGCGACCCUCCCGGCCCGCGAGCUUGCUGCAGAAUCCUGGCCUUGCAGUAAGGCAGCUGACUCACUUCCGGUGCAACCAAAAAAUUUGGAAAUGGCCUCGGUGUCAGGCACUUUCGUGGGUCGAAGCAUACCAGUCGAAGUGGAUGAAUCCAUGCCAUGGUCCCAGUUACCUGAACAUGUCUUGGAAAAGGCUUUGCAGCCUUCUGGAGAAGAUAUGGAGGAUGAGGAGGCCCAGACCCCACGUGUUGCUCGAACACCUCGGGCCGAUCCAUCUUGCCUUUGCAGAGCACCAGCACAUCAUCACUCAGCAGUGUCCAUGGAGCCAGACAGCAGCUUGUGGUCAAGAUAUACUGAUCCUGAUGGAGGUGGACACGUCUUUUCCCCUGGUGAAUCAAUAUCGGGAGUAUUUCCCUUGAAGACACAUUCUGUAGCUAUGGACAAACCAGGCGUGCAGCCAAGAUCACAGCUUUCAGCUGACACCAGGCACAACUCCAGUAAAUCCGAGCAGAUCUUGUCUGAUGUUCCUGAGGACUCGCUGGAGGAGAGCAGCCAAGGGAGUUCACAGUCACAGCAACCCUCAGGAAACAGACUCCUGGCAGAGCUGGGGACUGUAGAUACAGGGUACAACUCCCAGUCACAAGAUGUCAUGGGCAUCAGGCAUCUGGAGCCCCCAUUACCACUGGUGUCUGUGCUGAACCCCCAGGACCUCCCAGGACCGCUGAUCUCCAGAGAGUUUGUGGGACCUGAGCAUCAGCAGUGCCCUAUGUGCCAGCACUUGCCCCAUCCCAACACGCCCUCGCAAGCCCACGGCUGCUUCAGGCACUGCUGCCUGGCACAGCAGCUGCCCCAAGGCCCAUAUGGCAGAGCUCCUUACCAACAUUUUGCAGAGCCAUCGCAACCACUUCCUCCUGUUCCUGGACCUUGCAUGAGAGUUAUCCGCCCAGCCCAGCAAGUCAUUCCAAAUUACUCAAACCUUCGUGCCCCCAAAGGCACUGGAGAUCGACUACCCCAGAGGACAUGCUCCUCCCCUGGUCCUCCUCGAUUCCCAAACCAGCUACCUAAUGGUCAACUGCCCCCCAAGGCAUGUGGCCUGGAUGAAGCGUGUGGUUGUCCUUCUGACAAUUUUCCAUCUCCAGCUGCUGUCCCGAGACCUCUCAGCAACCCUGCAGCCAAGGGAACUCUGAGAACCAGCAAUCUGCCGGAGGAGUUGCGCAAGGUCUUUAUAACCUACUCGGUGGAUACGGCAGUGGAGGUUAUGAAAUUUGUGAACUUCCUGACUGUAAACGGAUUUCAAACUGCUAUUGAUAUCUUUGAGGACACGGUACGAGGUAUUGACAUCAUUAAGUGGAUGGAGCGCUACCUAGGUGAUAAGACGGUGAUGAUAAUCAUAGCAAUCAGUCCAAAAUACAAACAGGAUGUGGAAGGGGCUGAAUCCCAGCUGGACAGGGAUGAACACGGCUUACAUACUAAAUACAUCCACAGGAUGAUGCAGAUUGAGUUUAUACAGCAAGGAAGUAUGAACUUCAGAUUCAUCCCUGUGCUUUUUCCAAAUGCCAAAAAGGAACAUGUGCCUACCUGGCUGCAGAACACUCACAUUUACAACUGGCCAAAGAAUAAGAAGAACAUCCUUUUGCGGUUACUGCGGGAGGAGGAAUACGUUGCUCCUCCAAUAGGACCUUUACCAACACUCCAGGUUGUGCCGCUAUGAACAUGAUAACUUAAAGCACAUGAGGAGCAGUUGUUAAAGGGUUGUUCCUGGCAGGGGGCCAACACUCUUCCAGAUGGCUCUUUCUGAUGACAGAAGACACUCUUUCUGCUAAAGGAAUUGGUUGUCUUGGGUUACUCAGGCUCAGCUUGUUCUCUACCAUGUUAAACAUCUAUUUCCAAAGCCGAUGGGGCAGAACUCUCUUCUCUAGAUUUUUAAAUAAGCUACAAAUGGAAAGAAUGCCCACUUUUAUUUUAACAUCUGGUUUUAACAUAUUCCUUUUAUUAGUCAUUAUAGCAGACAAAUACCAGAAAUAAUGUUGCAAUAAGUGUAAAAUAAAAAUUACAUCCUCUUUUUUGCUCAGGGUUUCUUUAAAGAUAUUCCUGCUUUGUAUAGUAUUAUUGAACCAUCA